AUGAGUGCUGAAGAACAAGAAGUUUCAAAUACUAAUAGCGAUAGCAUUGAUAAUAGUAACGUCGAUGAACAAAGUGGUGAAGGCGAAGAAGAAGAUCAACAAAUUGAUUAUUCUGUUUCAGAGCAGGAAGAUAAUGAUGAUGAUGACGCUCAGGAACUAGAUCAAGAAAAAGAGGACGAAUUAGAAAGAGAAAGAGAUGCGGAAGAAGAAGAACAAGAUGAAGAUGAAGAUGAAGAUGAAGAAAAAGAAGCCGAAAAGAGUGAAGAUGAAAUAGAAGCUGAAGAAGCUCAAGAAUUUAACCCAGACGAGGCUGAUGAUGAUGAGAAGAAACAGGAGGAGGAAGCUGAAAGAGAUGAGAACAGUUAUAAGGGGGAAGAAGAUGAUGAGGGAAAAGAUACGAAUAGUGAUAAUGAAGAAGAAGCAGAAGAAGAGGGUGGCGUUAAUGAGAAAGAAGAAAAAGAGGAGGAGGAGGAUGAAGAAGAGGAAGAAGGAGAAGAGGAAGAGGAAGAGGAAGGAGAAGAGGAAGAGGAAGGAGAAGAGGAAGGAGAAAAAGAAGAUAAUGAUUUAAGUUCUAUUCCUACUGACAAAGUAGAUUUUGACUUGCUAGAAAAACAAGCUAAGUUAGUCAAUGAAAGUGGGUUGUUAAACAGUGAAUCAUUUAAAACAAUGUCUAAUAAUCAAAAAAUUUACGCUAUUUUAGAAGUUAUCAACUCAAGCGAAACCACUGCUAUGCCAUACGUUGGUAUUCCGGAUAAAUUCAAUAAUAAAUAUGUUAAUUCCUACAACAAUGAAAAUGAAGGUGGCAAUCAUUUUUCUUCCAAUAAUCAUAAUAAAUCUACGCAACAUCGGGAUAAUGAUGAAGAAGAACCUAAAUCCGAAGAGGUUCUAGCAGCAGAAGCCAGAAGAUUAGCGCCACGUCCAGUUAUGUCUGGCCCAUUUUCAACUGAGGAAGAAGCCCGCUAUGAAGAAUAUUUGCGUGGCGAAAAUAGAGUUACUGAAAUUCAAUAUUUUCCUCCUAAAUCUAGAUUAUUUAUUGGUAAUUUACCUUUGAAGAAUGUGACCAAGGAAGAUUUGUUCAGAAUAUUUUCCCCAUACGGACAUAUUUUACAAAUCAAUAUCAAAAACGCAUUUGGUUUUAUUCAAUAUGAUAAUGCCCAAUCUGUUACUGAUGCCAUUCUGUGCGAAUCCAGGGAAUAUAAUUUUGGCAAAAAGUUGAUUUUAGAGGUUAGUAGUUCUGCUGCUAGACCUCAAUUCGAUCACGGGGACCAUGGUACCAACAGCAGCUCCACUUAUAUUUCAUCUACAAAGAGAAAUUUCAAUAGGAUGUCUGGUGGGAUGGAAGAUGGUGGUACCAACUCUAUUCCUAAUGAAAUGGAUUCCUUCGAUGGUGGUAACAACAAAAGAUUAAAGAAGAAUGGUCCUGUUCCUCAAUGUCAGGUCUAUGUCAAAAGAACUGCAGAUCGUACUUUUGCUAAUGAAGUUUUUAAUAGGUUAAGAUAUAGUACUGGUUUGAAUGUUGAUAUGGUAUUUUUAAAACCACGCAUGGAAUUAAGAAAAAUGAUUAAUGAUGAUGCUUAUAAAGGAGUUUGGGGUGCAGUUUUAGUAAACAAGACAAAUAAUGUAGACGUGCAAACUUUUUAUAAGGGCGUGCAAGGGGAAAUCAAAUUCGAUGAGUAUAUCAGUGUUUCCGUUGAUAAUGCGAUUUCUAUAUUUACUGAUUUGAAAAUGAAAAAGGAAGGCAUGGCCAAUACAUCUGGUGGGUAUGGUAAUGGUAGUGUACCAGGUGGCAUGGGCUUAUCUCCUUCUUUAGCUCCAGGCCAACAAUUUUAUGGAGGCGCACCACCAGUGGUUCCAAAUGUUGGGGGUGUUUCUGGAUAUAUGGGUAGUCCUCCGCCUCAAAGGGUUCCUCAGCCAGGUUAUAUGUAUAAUAAUGCUGGUGCACCCACCCCCGCUACUGGCGGUAUGUACCCUCAACAGGCUUACCCUAGUUCCAAUGUGGGGUUCCUGCCUCAACAGCAACAUCAACCACCGCUUAACAGCCCCAAUCCUGCUGCUGCUGUCCAACAACAAUUGUUAUCUACUCUACAAAAUUUGCCUCCAAAUGUUUUAUCUGGAUUAUUAUCUGCUGCCCAACAACAGCAACCGUUGCAACAGAAUGCAAGCAAUCCAUCUCGUAAACAACAAAUAGUGAGUUUAUUACAAAACCAGCAGCCAAUGCAACAAAAUGCAGAUAAUUUAUCUGAGCAGCAACAAUUAAUGAACUUAUUGCAACAGCAGCAGCAGCAGCAACAACAACAACAAACGCAACAGUCUUCGUAUAGUGGUGUGCCGGUUAGUAGUUAUCAACAACAUCCACAACAAUACCCUACACAACAGCAACAGCAACACCCAUCUAUGUCACCACCAAAUGCUCCAACGGAGCAACAACCACCGCAACAAGCUGCUAGUAAUGUUCAGAGUUUGUUAGAUUCCUUGGCUAAAUUACAAAAAUAA